AUGGGGCGAAGAAGCUGCCACACUAUGAUGAAUACACGAUGGAUGACGACCCCGAAAAGCGGGUCGAGAAUGACCGGAAGUUCCUCGAGAUCUGUUGCGCCAUUGUCGCCGACGAGGAAGAUGCAGUGCUCGACGCAUUCGCAGGCUUUCACAGCAGCGUAGACGAUCUGAACUACUGUUUCGGCACGACCCUUCUUGGCUUCGCAGUUAGUACCGGACAUACAAAUAUGCUCCAACUGCUCCUCCGCUCAGUAAAAAGCAUAAAGCAGGAGCAGCUAUACAAGUACCUCUUCAUCGCCAUCGCCGAGCUCGAUCGCCCCAAGAAAAUGAUCGGCAUUUUGCUCAACCACUCCAUACAGCAUAUGAAAGAUACAGCAGGAGGCAAUGUCUUCGUAAGAAAAGACGUAGCAAGACGGAUUCUCAGCAAAGAUCUCCUCAUCUCAGCCAAGGCCAAACGCGACAAGCGUGUCUUCGAUGAGAUAUACAAAUGGAUGGAGCGCGUUCCAAACUUUCACGGUAAACUCGUCAUCUUCGAGGCUUUCUUCAACCAAACUCUUUACGAUGAGAAUCCAUGCGUAUUUCUUCCCAAGCUUGAUACUCUCUCAAAGCAGGUUGACAAGAUUCCGGGGACACGCGCCGUGAUACCCGCGUACUACCUCAAAAAGUCAUACCAGCGGCAGCUCGAUAAGAAGUUCAGCGACGUAUAUCGUCAUGGCCGUUGGAUGUGUCCACGUAGCUGGCCCGGGUACAGGGAAUACAAGGUCCCAGGAUACUGCAUGAUCGGCGGGUCGUCCAUAGGAAGAAUGAAGUACAUAAAGUUGACGAGCCCGCUGUUCAAAGCAGUGGCAAACAAGUCGCUAGAUUGGGCUGAUAGGCUGCUGUGGGCUGGUGCGGAUGCGGGGUGCCAGGAAGAUGGCGUGGGCUUACUAGACGUGGCAUGGAAUGCCAAAAUCAGGUUAGAGGUUGCGCAGCUCGUUUAUGCGCAUGGCUGGAGGUAUAGAGAUGGGGAGUGGUUGAGAUGCGGAGAUGCUCAAGUCUAG